UUAUUCUUCCACAGAGUUAAGGGCUCCUUGGACAUCUCAAGUCUUCAGGGUUUUCCAUCUGGAACUAUAUAAAGUUCAGAAAACAUGUCUCGAAGAUAUGACUCCAGGACCACUAUAUUUUCUCCAGAAGCAGAGAGACGCAACAUCCACAAGCUUCUUGAUGAAGUCUUUUUUUCUGAAAAAAUUUAUAAACUCAAUGAGGACAUGGCUUGCAGUGUGGCAGGCAUAACUUCUGAUGCUAAUGUUCUGACUAAUGAACUAAGGCUUAUUGCUCAAAGGUAUUUAUUACAGUAUCAGGAGCCAAUACCUUGUGAGCAGCUGGUUAUAGCACUGUGUGAUAUCAAACAAGCUUAUACACAAUUUGGAGGAAAACGUCCCUUUGGUGUUUCAUUGCUGUACAUUGGCUGGGAUAAGCACUAUGGCUUUCAGCUCUAUCAGAGUGACCCUAGUGGAAAUUACGGGGGAUGGAAGGCCACAUGCAUUGGAAAUAAUAGCGCUGCAGCUGUGUCAAUGUUGAAACAAGACUACAAAGAAGGAGAAAUGACCUUGAAGUCAGCACUUGCUUUAGCUAUCAAAGUACUAAAUAAGACCAUGGAUGUUAGUAAACUCUCUGCUGAAAAAGUGGAAAUUGCAACACUAACAAGAGAGAAUGGAAAGACGGUAAUCAGAGUUCUCAAACAAAAAGAAGUGGAGCAGUUGAUCAAAAAACACGAGGAAGAAGAAGCCAAAGCUGAGCGUGAGAAGAAGGAAAAAGAACAGAAAGAAAAGGAUAAAUAGACAGAAUCAGAGAUUUUAUUACUUAUUUGGGGCACCAUUUCAGUGUAAAAGCUGUCCUACUCUUCCACACUAGGAAGGCUUUGACUUUUUUUAACUGGUGCAGUGGGAAAAUAGGACAUUACAUACUGAAUUGGGUCCUUGUCAUUUCUGUCCAGUUGAAUACUUUAUUGUAAUGAUGAUGGUUACUCUUCAUGGACAUCUUAAUCUUCCACACACAUCCCCUUUUUUUGGAAUAAAAUUUGGAAAAUGGAAAAAAAAAAAAAAA